AUGAGUGGCGGCAAACAUUUAGCUAAAGGUUCCCAAAAACCAGAACUACCUGACGAUGGUGUUCAUCGCUUGUAUUCUAUGCGCUUUUGUCCAUAUGCUCAUCGUGCUCAUUUAGUACUUGACGCCAAAAAUAUUCCCCAUCACACAAUUUAUAUUAAUCUUACGGAAAAACCAGAAUGGCUUACCGAAGUUAGCCCACUGGGUAAAGUGCCGGCAUUACAAUUACCCAAAGAGGAAGGCAAUCCAUCCUUAAUUGAGUCACUAAUAAUUGCUGAAUAUCUGGACGAGAAGUAUCCCGAAGUACCACUCUUCCCCAAAGAUCCACUAAAGAAAGCACAAGAUAAGAUACUUAUCGAGAGAUUCAACGCAGUGACUAGUGCAAUGUACAAAGUGUUCGUAGGUGGUGCUGAGGCAGCACCCGGUGCGCUUACUGAAAUUUCAACAGGUUUAGAUAUUUUCGAAAAGGAGUUGAACUCGCGUGGUACACCUUACUUUGGUGGUGAUAAACCUGGCAUGUUGGACUAUAUGAUUUGGCCAUGGUGCGAGCGUUCAGCCAUGUUGAAAUAUUUGCUACCCGACAAAUACGAAAUGGAUAAGGAACGUUUCGGCAAGUUGAUAGCAUGGAAAGAUUUGAUGAUCAAUGAUCCUGCGGUAAAGGUAUUCUAUUUGGAUGGUGAAACUCAUGCCAAGUUUAUGAAAGCGCGCCGGACCAAUGUUCACGAUUAUGAUAUGCUCGUGAACGAUGCUAAACGGCAAAGAACUUGUUGAGGAUAAAAAUCUCAUUUUAAUUGUUUCUGGUCAUAGUGGAAAGAAUAACUUCUGUCGAUUUCAUUGUAUGCCGUUUAUCAAUAUCAAAAUAACGGGAAAUAUCACGCUACUUACAUAUCCUUGUAAAUUACUUACAGUCAUUCUUAUACAUCGCAUAUAUUUUUGUACAUAUCAGCAUAUCCAUUUGAUGAACUCAAAUACAGCGCAUUUGUUUUGUAACAAA